AUGACAGCCGGUGACCAUUACUUUAAAAUGGUUAAAGAAUUGAUCUGUGAACAAAUGAAAGUAUUUGAAGCAGAUGGUGGUUGGAAAGUAAUGAAUGAGAAUGCCAAACACUGUACAUAUGAACGUUAUUUAGCAGUUGGUGCUGCAGAUUGUCAGAAUAGUGCAAGUGUGAUUGAAGGUGUAAUAACUACUCUGAUAGCAGUAAAACAAGCAAUGCAAAAAAGGAUGGAAACUUUAGAAGUUAGGCAAUGCCAACGAAGCAGUUUGUUAGAAAUGACUAAAGCUGUUAAGAAUUCAACAAGCAGAAUAAAAAACAUCAAGAUCAGAUGCGAUAGGAAUGUAAAUAUUAAUGAUAAACUCGUCGAAGAUGACUGCACAAAUCAUCUUUCAACCGUUUUAAUUCGAAAUCGUGAUUUAUCAGCACCUUAUCUACAAGAUCAAGAAUACAUUUCAAAAGACAGUAUGGAUGACACAUUAAUCCAAACUGAUCAACAAUCGCCGAAGAUUUCUGUUGGUGAAUACUGUAAACCAAUAACAUCUCUAACAGGUUCAUUUACGGUUGAUCAGGAUGAAGAUACCGUAGUAUUCGGACCAGUACAUCCUUUGGUAUUUGAGGAUACAGAAACGUCAGAAUCCAUUUUACGGCCUAAAAGUAUUAUGGAUUUGAUAAAUAUUCCUAAUGAUGAAAUUCACAGAAAGACGGAACCUCCAAAACUAAAAUCCGAAAUUGCGAAGCAGUUGAUGGAUGAAGUUGAAAAUAAAAAUUUACCGCACCAAGACGCAGCGCCUGAAUAUAAAUCAAGCCUUCCAUUAAUAAAAUCAGAACUUGCUAAACAGUGGAUUCGCGAAGUUGCACAAGAAUUUCCUAAAUGA